CCUGGUAUAAAAGGUGAGGGGCAGGACUAAAUCUCAGUGUUGUAUAUUACCUUGGUGGCACCACUGCCAUGGCCAUCCUGAUCUCACUUCUGCUCCUGUGCCACGGCGCAUUACCUCGGCUUUCAGAGGCUUCAGGUUCUCUGGAUCUUCUGAAUCACAUAGCCCCACAGCAGGUGAGAUUCUAUUCCCUGGACUUCAGGAACACUCUACACUGGGAAGCUCACAGCCAGUCCCUCAGCAACACACAGUACUAUGUCCAGUACAAAGUCUACGGGGACAAACAGUGGACAGAUGUGCCUCACUGCCAGGGCAUCCACAAGCUUUCCUGUGACCUGAGCCAGCAGACCUCAGAGCCCAGGGACUGGUACUAUGCCAGGGUGCAGGCUGAGGCCCGGGGACUGCGGUCCACCUGGACCCUCAGUCCCAGGUUCAGCCCCGUAUGGAACACUUCUGUGAGCCCCCCUGGGGUGGAGCUGAAAGUGACAGAGCAAGGCAUUGUGGUCCGGCUCCGGCCUCCGAGAUCGCCCUACAGGAGACGGAGUGGCAGCCCGGUUUCCGUGAGAAAGCUGCAGCCACUGAAAUACAGGAUAUACCUCAGCCACAACAAUGUUGUACAGAAGCGGCAGGAGCUGGACAGCUGCGUGCGGGAGCUGCUGAUUGAGGAGCUGGAACCCGGGACCACCUACUGCCUGCGGGCCGAGUCACUGCCGCUGCGCCCCAGCCGGUCCAGCGGCCCGGGCCCCAGCGCCUGCGUCACCACGCUCUGACGCCGGGAUCCGGUGUCUCCCUCAGACCUGCAAUACCUGGCUGUUGUGUGAUUUUAGAACACCUCUCCGUUUCCGGCAGUGGCUCGGGGAGCCCUCUCUGAUUCCCCACUUCCUUUCACCUCCAGCUGCAGCAGAAAGGAUGUUCUGGACUGUUCUGUCAUGCAGGAAGUAUUUAUACACUCAUUCAGCAUACCUUUAGCCAUUAUUACAUACAGGGAAGCAUUUCAUGUCUCUCAAGGCAUUUCAGUUAUUGAUAUGGAAGUAUUCGGAUAGAGUCAUUGCAUGGAUGACUUUGACACAUUUUUUGGAACACAUUGUUGGCACACAGUGCUAAAAAUAAA